AUCAAAACAUCUGGUUGUCAAAUAGUCAUUUAUGUGGCAGAUAGUAUUUAUGUGUAAUAUUUAUUUAUCAGAAUAAAGUAUAUGUCUAGUGGAAAUUAUUCAAUAUUUCAAUAACUAACCAACCAUGGGUCUCUGCAAAUGCCCUAAACGUCGUGUUACCAACCAAUUUUGCUUUGAACACAGAGUUUGUGUGUGCGAAAAUUGUAUGGUGACGAAUCAUCCCAUUUGUAUAGUUCAGUCAUAUUUGCAAUGGUUGCAAGAUAGUGACUACAAUUCAAUCUGUGAAUUAUGUACUAAGGAGUUGAAUAUUGAAGAUAGUAUAAGAUUAACAUGUUAUCAUGUUUUUCAUUGGUCCUGUUUGGAUAAUUUCUCAAGGCAGUUACCUGCUACAACUGCACCAAGGGGAUAUGUUUGUCCUUCUUGUAAAACUCCACUGUUUCCACCCUCUAAUCUGAUAAGUCCUGUUGCCGAUGUUUUAAAAGAAAAACUGGCAGGUGUGAACUGGGCCAGAGCUGGUCUUGGUUUACCUCUGCUUUCAGAGGAAAGAGAAGUUAAGGCCCCAGUAAUUCUCAAUACUAUGACAAAACCAAAGCCUACUUCUCCAGUCUUAAUGAGUAAUGGUUCUCAUUCAAUUGUGGAUGUUGAUGAACAAGUACCAUUCAUCAGAAAUCCAUCUGACAGCUACCAAACUUCUUCUAAUCGCAGAGUAUUUCAAGAUAUUAGAGAUGUUAAAUCAGUUCCAUUUGAUCAUGAUGAUGAUAAGUAUAAAAGACGUCUAACUGUAGUGCGAAAUUGGUGGAAUUUGACUUUUGGACCUACUAGGAGGGGUGGUAAAGCAUUAUAUAAAAGAUAUUUCUUACUCGGGACAAUAUUCAUAAUUGGAAUUGUACUUAUAUUCAUAUUCCUGUCAAAAGUUGGAAGGCAUUAUGCGAACCUUGACCCCAGUUUAGAUAUGGAAAACAAUCAUGAUCUCAAAGUACAGAAAGUAUGGGAGUAGUGACUGGAGUAUAGUUAUAAGAUUAUUCAUCAUUUUAUAUAUAUCACAAAAUGUAAUAUAAAUUCAACUUGUUGUUUAUUUAAUAAUUCUGAUUAAAAAUUUAUUUUUGAAAAACCAAA